GGUUGAGGCUGCUUUAUUAUCCGUCGGUGAGCUUUAUGUGAGGGUUGGGGCGUCGCUUUGUCCCUUCACUCCCACCCUUGCUGGGUGUUUGUACGGGGAGUUGAAAGGCGCACAGCCGCAGUGCAGCAGCGGUGUCGGGGUUCGGGGAAGAGCCUCGUUGUUACUCUGUUUCUCCAGCGUCGAAGAAAAAAAACAGCAACAUAAUAAAAUAACACAGCCAGUCACAGCUAAAUGUGUUGCAUAGCUUCUAAUUAAUGUGACAGGAUUAGCAUGUUUGGCUAGUAGCUGUGCGUGUUGUGUAGUUGUGCUGUUGAGGGGGGUCGUGAGUACGAUACCGCCUCUCCUUUAACCUCUUGGCAUUUUCAAUUCAUCUCGCAAGCAGCCCAUUCACAGCCAAGCUCUUUGUUUUCUUCUCCAAGGUUAGGGCUAAGCUACUUUCGUUACACGGUUUUAAAACGUUGGGAAGUGACUCCCUGGCAGUGUUCAACGUGCAGUUCCCUGUUUUGGCCAAUGCUUGCUGAGCUACAGCAUGACCACAGCAGUGUCUGCUCAUCUGGUAGUUCUGGCAAAUGAAAAUGGAGGAGGUUUCAGUGUCCAGCCUGGACAACAGCAAGCUGGAGGCCCUAGCUCAGGACAUCCUGUCUGACCUAGUGGAGGAUGCUUGCCUGGGACUUUGCUUUGAGGUCCACCGGGCAGUAAAGCAGGGCUAUUUUUUCCUGGAUGACACGGACCAAGAAAGUAUGAGGGACUUCGAAAUUGUGGACCAGCCAGGACUGGAUGUGUUUGGCCAAGUGUACAACCAGUGGAAAAACAAGGAGUGUGUAUGUCCCAACUGUAGCCGGAGUAUUGCUGCCUCACGCUUUGCUCCACACCUGGAGAAAUGUCUGGGGAUGGGACGUAACAGCAGCCGUAUAGCCAACCGCAGAAUAGUCACUGGUAACAACACCAACAACAAGUCAGAGAGUGACCAAGAGGAUAAUGAUGACGUCAAUGAUAACGACUGGUCUUAUGGGGCAGAAAAGAAAGCCAAGAAAAGGAAAUCUGAUAAGAAUCCAAACUCACCAAGAAGAUCCAAAUCAUUCAAGCAUAAGAACAGCAUGAUGGGUCCCAGACGUCGCAUGGACAACCAGGAGAGCCCGCGCAUGCUGAUGAAAGACGAGGCAUUCUCUCAAUAACACAAACACACAUUCUCUCACCAUCGUGUGUGCGGAGAUGCACACAGAGACACGCUCACGGGACGACCAACAACACUUCACCUUUGGUUCUUUAUGUUGUGAAAUGAAUGGACGUUGAUGGUUAAAGGCAACGUUUGUGGUGUUUGCUGCUCUGCAGAAGCAGUUCAGAACUCCCAACCUUAUACUUGACAAAUUUAUUUUUAUUCAGAAAAUCAUUGUACCAACACUUGUUUUGUUUUUUUUUAAUAAUUUUAUGUAGUUAUCAUUUUCGACUGAUACUUGUCACCAAAUAUGAUUUCACUGCACAGAUGUAAACUGCAGUGUAAUUCAUUCAGAGACGGUGUACGCUUACAGUAUUUUCUUUUCUUUUCAUAAAAUACAGAAAUGAUUACACAGUGGAUGUCCUUAUAUUACCUCACAUUUUACAA